AGGCCCCGCCUCUGCCUGCCUCAAUCGCCCGAUCAGCACGCCGCCACCGUGCCGCGCCUCCGGCCGCCGCCGACCCGCCCGGGCUCCCACACCCCCGGCCGCCUCCGCCUCCGCCCGCGCCGUCGACCGCAUCUGUCCGCGCCGCUGGCUGGCCGCCACACGCGUCCCCCGCUCUCGCCGCUAACCUCCGCUGGCACCACCCGCGAGCCUCUCCUGAGGUCAAAACCGGCAAGCGAGGAGGAGGGGUCGCGGGGAGCCAGUUUUUUUUUUCGGCUCCUCCUCCUCCUCCACCAAGUAGCCCCUCUCAGCGGGAAUUAACGGGCUUCUCCGCCGAAGCCGUUUUCCUCCUCGUCGUUUGGUGGGGUUCUUGCAGAAGCCGGUGGAGAAGCCCCCGAAGAAGCCCUUCCGGUGGAUGCUUUCGGCGACGGCCUCGUUUCGCCUCCUGUGAGCUUUGUGAGCCACUUCUCCCUCGGUCUGGUGGGGCGGAGCGGAGAUCCAUCCGGGCUGGGUUGAUUCCUUCUUUUGCAGUUACUUGUUCAAUUAGGUUUUGGUGGAUCGAUCUCCGCGGACACGUAAUACCUAGUACUCCGUCAGACCCAAUUAAGUUCGAGCAUAGGGAUAACCUCUCCCUAUAUCAGAAUCUCCGAUUAUGGCUGUGGCAAAUGGAGUGGUUGGUGCUUCUGCAAAGGAACCCGUGCUUUCGUUUGGUGUAAUUGCUGAUGUGCAAUAUGCUGAUAUCCCAGAUGGCCGCUCGUUCCUUGGCGUCCCGCGCUACUACCGCCACAGCAUCAGUGUCCUCCAAAGGGCUGUCAGUAGAUGGAACGAACAUGGCAACACUAAGUUCUCGAUCAACUUUGGCGACAUCAUCGAUGGCUACUGCCCAAAGGACAAAUCGUUGUGGGCAGUGCAGAAGGUCCUUGAUGAAUUUGACAAGUUUGACGGGCCGACCUACCACAUGUUUGGCAACCAUUGCCUGUACAACCUUCCUCGCAGCAAGCUGGUGUCUUUGCUGAAGAUGCCAACCAACUCAGAUCGUGCUUAUUAUGACUUCUCGCCAUGUCCCGAGCUCAGAAUUGUUGUUCUGGAUGCUUAUGACUUCAGUUGUCUUGGCUGGCCUGAUGACCAUCCUGUGACUGCAGCAGCAACGAAGCUCCUGGAUGAAACGAACCCAAACACUGACAAGAACAGCCCUGAUGGUUUGGUUGGCGUCGCCAGGCGGUUUGUGAAGUUCAAUGGUGCAGUUGGCAAGGAGCAGCUGUCCUGGCUCAAUGAUGUCCUCCAGGACGCAUCGGCACUCCAUCAAAAUGUCAUUAUAUGCAGCCAUCUCCCAAUGGAUCCCGGCGCAUCUUCCCCAGCAGCUCUCAUGUGGAACUACGAUGAGGUGAUGGAUAUUGUUCGCCGGUACAGCUGUGUCAAGGCCUGCUUUGCGGGGCAUGACCACAAGGGUGGCCACUCUGUGGACUCGCACGGUGUGCAUCACCGCACUCUCGAGGCUGCAUUGGAGUGUCCUCCAGGCACCAGCGCAUUCGGGCAUGUUGAAGUCUAUCCUGACAGGCUGCUGCUUGUUGGUUCUGACAGAAUGGCGGAUACUGAAAUCCCUUUUUGAGCCAUUAGAGUGAUCUGUCUAGCACAAUAAAAUUCUUGUGACUUCAUUGUUUGACGAAAUAAUGUCAUUGAAACUAAAUUAUCUUCAAUAAUGAAAUGAAAUCCAUAUGAUCAUUAGCUUC